ACACUCCGGACACAAGGGGGAGAGACAGACCAGACCACUGACAGUCACUGCGCAAGAAAGAAGAAGAGUUUGUUGUUAGCGGUCAACACACAAACUGGGUAAAAAUGGAUCAGAAAAUUCCUUAUGAUGACUAUCAGCUCCCAGUAGUGUUUCUGCCGUCUUAUGAAAACCCACCUGCAUGGAUACCACCACAAGAGCGGGUUCAUCACCCUGACUACAACAAUGAGCUCACACAGUUUCUGCCUCGUACCAUUGUAUUGAAGAAACCUCCAGGAGCACAGCUGGGCUUCAACAUCCGAGGGGGCAAAGCUUCACAGCUGGGAAUAUUUAUAUCCAAAGUUGUCCCAGACUCUGAUGCCCACAGAGCAGGACUGCAGGAGGGAGACCAAGUUCUUUCUGUGAAUGAGGUCGAUUUCCAAGAUAUAGAGCACUCAAGAGCUGUAGAGAUUCUGAAGACUGCACGGGAGAUCCUGAUGAGAGUUCGGUUCUUCCCUUACAACUACCAAAGGCAGAAGGAGAGGACUGUACACUAGGUGGCAGCAAAGAGAAACAGAGAGGCGUACAGACACAUCACUUCUCGUCAUUAUCCUCCUCCCACAGACUCUGGCCUCCAUUCUGUCUCAGCUUCACGAUGACUGAUGUAUGACUAACAGACUCAUUCACUGUCCUCCAUUUAAGGACAAUAUAUGCUCAGUUUUAUACUCCAUGUCCUCUGUCCUCAACGAGUCUACUGUGAUACACGGUGAUUACUGUAUCAGGGUAAAGUCACAGGAAGUCUUUACAAAUAUAUGACGUUGAAUUGCCUGCAGGUUACACUAAUACUUACAGUAUUGCCUUUAUGCAGAUUUCACCUCAACUCAAAAAAGAUGUGUAUAUUAUUGUCCAAGAUUACAUUGCAUUACUUUAAUCAAGUACUGAGUAUCACUUGAUGCCUCUGACACUGACAUAGGUAGAGAUGUUUAACUAAUUUUUCAGAAUAUUAUUGUAUAAAUGUACAUAUGACUUAGAUUUUACACUGAUACAUAUGGUACAAAGAAUGCAGGGCUACACACUGUAUGAGCAAAUGAAAAACAUAAGAGUUUUAGUGGUAUUAAAAUUGAUAUCACUGUGAUGAUACUGUGCAUUGAGCUUUUAGAUAACACUUCUGAAUGUUUAUGAAACACACAUGAAAAGUUUUAGUCAUAAGGAUUACUUAAAUACUGGCAUAUAUUACAUUUCAUAUUUUGUAUUUUUACAUCGAUGAUACGAUUUUACAUGAAUUCAUUCCAUGCUUUCACUGCUUCUGGUCUGAACUAAAUUAUAUUGUAGGUAUUUAUUGUAUGUUUUUUUUUUUUUAAUUUAGGGAACUGAUUUGUCUAACAUCCAAUGUGCUAUUAAAAUCCAUGAU